AUGUACAAUAACUUCUUUGAACCCCUUUUUGAGAAAACUGAUGUUAAUAUUAUCAGUAAUAAAGUAAUUAAACUUUAGAUAUUUAGAUUUUAUUUGAUAUUGGUGAGUAUAUUGGAGAGUAAUCAGAUGAUAAUUUCAAAAAUCUCUAGAGUUCCCUAACCUUGUUGAAUUAUUGUCUAGACAUCAAACCACUUGCUUAAGAAUUAUUCAAUAACUAAAAUUUAAAAACUAAGUUGGAAUUAGCCAAGGUUAGGAUUCCUCAAUUAGAUUAAAUAAUUAAAUAGAUUUUAGAUAAGAUUUCAUUAAAUGAUCAAGAAAUAUCCUUAAAAUUUGACAUGUCCAUAAUAACAAAAAUAAUUGAUCUUAAAAAUGAAUACUUAUAAUAAUAUUUGAGAAUAUUCAGAAUUUACAUUCUCUAUAAUGAUUAAUUACAAUAAGUAUUUAGUUUGGAAGAUGAAGCAUAAGAGAUUUAAUUAACUGAUUGGUUAUAACAAUUGAUCACAAUAUUGGCAUAAUCAAAUUAGGAAAAUAGGGAUAGAAUUUUAGAUAUUAUUACUUAUUUAAUUAGACAAUAAUUAGAAUUAAUAAAAUUAUUGUUUAAAUUGAAUAUUUUACCAACAAUAUUGACAUUUUUAGAAUAAGGAUAAUCAAUAGUCAGAUGUCUUGUUUUAUUAAGAGAUAUGUUAGAAUAUAAUUAGUUAUUUCUUUAAUAAAUUAAUCAUUAAGAAAUUAUAGAAUAAAUGAAAGAUCUUGCUUCUAAAAAAAAGGAUUAAAAAUCUAUAUUAAUAUUAAUUUCUUAAAUUUUAAAUGCUUUUAAUUACUAAACUGAAUAAGAAUAAAUAGAAUUAUAAGUUAAUGAAGAUACAAAUUCUGAAGAUAUCACUUAAACUAUUGAAUAAAUAUCUCUAUAAGCAAUAUGUGAUUAACUUUAAUAUAGUAGUUAAUUAUUUGAUUAAUUACUAUUUACAAUGUAAAACAUAACUUUAAGUGAAUAAACCCUUAUUUCAUUGAAUUAUAUUUUUGAAAAAAUGAUUCAUGAGUUAAAUCAAACUUAAGCUAAAUUAUUAAUAAAUGUAAUUAUUAAUUUAUUAACUUAAAAACUGGAAUCCUAAUUAUAUAUAACUUAAAAGGUUUAUUUAGUAUACAUACAUUUAUUAAUUGAAAUUAAUUAAUAGUUUAGAUCAUUGAUUCAAAUUGAAUAAAUUUAAAUUUUGAAAUAAUAUCAUUCAGAUGAUGUUAAAAUAAUGAGGUAUAUUUAUAUAUUUAUCAUCUAGAUAACUAGAUGAAAUAUCUAGAUUUAACAAUAAAGUGUAUAAAAAAUUUAAAGAUACAAACUUAAUUUAAUAAUCAGGAUUUAUGACAUCAUCUAUAAGGUAAUCAAUAAAAAGCCAAGAUUCCUAAUCAUCUGAAGGAAAGGAUAUUGAAACUGUUUUAGAUUAAAUUAUAUAUGUGAAUUUAAAGUAAGGAAAAUUAGAAAAAAUAAUAUCUUGUUUAUCUGAUAUUUAUUAGAUCACUAAAGAAAACCCAGAAAUACUUUAUAAAUAUCAAAAUGAUAUAAUAGAGCUUUAUUUAUAAUAUCCAACUAUUGAAAUUAUAAUUAAUUUCACAAAAAUGAUAUUAUCCUAAUUAGAUUAUAAAUCCUUAAUUUUUAAUUUUUUUGAAGAUAUGGAAUAAUAUGAUACAUAGUAAUAAUUAAAAUUUUUGGCAGCCUUUUCAUUAUUUUAAUAAAUAUUUGAAUAAUAUCAUAAAGUAAUUAUGAAAUAAAUCACAAAUUGGAUUUUAAUAAGAAUUGAUUAAAGUCAAAUUAAAUCUUUAUUGGUUAUUUGUUUUAAUCUUAAGCUUAAUUAAAGACAAUUAACAAAUUAUUUUUUAAAAUAAUUAAAUAAAUAUGAUGAUAUUCAACUUGAUAUCCUACUUUAUUCAGUUUUAGCAAAAUAAUAGAAAAUUAUGGAAACAGAAUUAUUAAUUCAAUUAAUAAAACAAUAUGAAUAGAAUGUUCAUUAUGAUAUUUCUAUUGAGAACAUUUCAUCAGGCAAUUUGCUUAGAUAUAAAAGUUUGGGUGAAUUAGUAGCAAUAACAAAAGAUUUUGAAUUGAUUAAAUAGUUUAAUAAACCUUUUAUUAUUGAUCUCUAAGAAAUCACUUAUGUAUAAUGCUUAAUUAUAUGUGAUUAAUUGAAUUUUCAAUUAGGAAUAAAUAUUUUCGAUGAUCAAUAGCUUCUAGAGGUUAUAAAUGAAACAUAAUUGAUAUCCUUACUAGUAAAGGUUCUAUCAGAAAAUUAAUAGGAAAAUAAUUAAGAUGUCACUUUAUAAUCAAAAUUAUUGUAAUUCUUAUUAUUAUAGGCUUUUGAAAAUACUGAAAUAAUUAUUAAAUAAGAAAUUUUAAAACCUUAAUUGCAAGAGAAAUAAUUCAUUUAAUAAUUUUAGCAGAGUUUGACUUUAUAACUCCAAAGAGUAUUAAAUUAGAAAUAAUUAAAAGAUGAAUAAUUAACAAUCAAAUAUCUAGUAAUAUUAUCAAUAAUAGCUUAAUAAAAUGAUCUAUUACAGAAUCUAGAGUUCAAAUCUUUAAUUUAAAUUCUGUAAAAACUACUGGAUUACUUAAAAGAAGAGAAUAUUUCUACUUUAUUGCUUGAGACAAUUCUUAAUUUAUUUAAGGAACUAUUUUAAUGGAACAAAGCAAAAACCUAUUAUAAAAUUUCCUUUUUAAAAGAUAACAUUUUUCUAGAUAUUGGAUUAAAGUAUCUUUAAUAUAAAGAAGUUAUUAAAUAAAUUUUAGUUUUAUUAGUAGGAUAAGAAUAAUAUGAUUAACAAUAUUCUCAAAAAUUUGAAUAAUUAAAACAAAACUAGAUAGAUAAUUAGAUAAAAGGAGAAUAAAACUUAUUUUAAGAUUUGGCAAAUUAAUUCAUCGAUGACAUCCUUUCUCAAACUCUUAUUAAAUAAAAUUUAGAAUUAGAAACUUAAUAAUAAUAAUAAUAAUAAUAAUAAUAAUAAUAAUAAUAAUAAUAAUAAUAAUAAUAAUAAUCAUCAUCAUCAUCAUCAAGUAGUUCAAGUUCUAAAUCUUCAGAUGAUGAAAAGUAAGUUAAUUAAAUUGAGGCAGCGAUAGUUUUCAAUGAAGAAAAAACUGAAAUAGCAGUUUAAUUAGAAUAAAAAAGACAUUCAAACAGUUAAUCAAGUAAUUCUCAAAGUGAUUAGAAUAAGAUGGCUUUUGUAAUUGAUAAGAAAUUUGAAGAAGAUUAGUUUCAGCCAUAAAUACAUUAGGAGAUUAAAGUAGAAUAAUAAAACUCCGAUAGUUCAUCAAGUUCUGAAGAUUUUAAUAGAAAACAAAAAAUCGUUAUUGCUGCUGCAGUUCAUAAUAAAAUAAAAGAUAAUAAAAAAGAUAAAAUAGUUUAGCAUAAGAAAAGUAGUUCAUCAUCAUCAUCAUCGAAGUCAAGUUCAAAGGAAGAAAAAUAAUUAGAAUUUAAAAUAUAGUCAGAUGAAAAUCAAUUUAAAGUUGAAAUAACAAAUUAGGAAGCUCAUAUUUAAGCUACUUUAGAAAUACCAAAAUUAUAAGAAAUUGAUUAACAUGAAAAAGUUUAAUAAUAAGAAGAAAGUGAAGAAUCUAUAUAGCCUAGUUUUAAAAAAUAGAUGAUUGCACAAUAAGAAGAAGUUGCAAAAAUUUAGGAUAAAUAAAUUGAUACAAAAUUAAAAUUAAAGUAACUUAAAGAAAGGAAAUAAUAAUUAGAAUAAGAAAAAAUAAAAAAAUAAGAAGAAGAAAGGAUUAGAUUAGAAUUAGAAGAGAAAAAUAAAUAAGAUGAACUAGAAAAACAAAGAUUAGAGUAACUUGAAAAAUAUAGAUUAGAGUAAUUAGAGAUAUAAAGAUUAGAGCAACUUGAGAAAUUGAGAUAAGAGCAGGAGGAAUAAAUAAGAAAAUAAGAACUUGAAAAAAUAGCAUUAGAAUAAUAAGAGAAAAUCAGGUAGGAAAAGGAGGAAUUGUUAAGAAUUGCUCUUCUUGAAAAACUAAAAAGAGAAGAAGAAGAAAGAUAAAGAGAAAGAGAUAGAAAAGAAUAAGAAGAAAGAGAUAGAUAAGAAGAACUUAUUAGAAUUUAAAAGUAGGAAUAAAUUAGAAUAUAAUAAGAAGAAAUUGAAAGAUAGAAAAAGGAUGAAUAAGAAUUAUAUAAUAAAUAAUAAAUAGAAUUAGAAAAAUUAAGAGAGAAUGAAUAAGCAAGAGUAUAAUUGAAAUAUGAUAUUAAAGUUGAUAAUAAAACAGAUCAAUAAUCUGGUAGAAUUGCUUUUGAAAUCAAUUAAAAUCAAUUUUCAACUUAAUAAAAAACACCAAAUAAUUCAGAAUAAUCCAAAAAUACAUUAUCUUAUUAUUAUGGAUUAUAACCAUCAAAUGAUUAAGAACCUGCUUAAUUACGUUAAGAAGAUCUAAAUUUAAAAGCAUAAUUUAUGGCAUAAUAAAAUUCUGGUUCUGAGUAAAAUUAAGAAUUUCAAAUAUCUUAUUAAGGAUUAAGAUUAGAUUAAGAAAUAAAUUUUGAGAAACAAGAAUUAUAAAUUAAUUAUGAUCCAAGCAUGAUAUUAUUUCCUCAAAAUGAAUAAAAAAUACUAGAAAUAAAGGAUGAUGAAUUAUAACUAUCUUCUUAAAUGAUAAAAUAAGCAGCAUUAAAAUCAGAACGAAAAAAUGAAUAUCAGUAACCUUAAACUACAACAUUAAACUUUGUUUCAUUACAAGAACAAAGUAGUAAUGCAAAUUAAGAAAUACCUGUAACAAAUUAUCAAAUUAAUAUUAAAGAACCUAUUUAUUAAGAAUAAUAAAAUUAACUUAUAACUUAAACUAUUAAUUUAGAAAUUCAACAUUAAGAAUUCUCAAAAUAAGAAAAUAUUAAUCUUUAAUAAAAUGAAAUUCCAUAAACUAAUUAAUAAUUAAAUACUUUGAUAAUAAAUUAAGAUUAAUUUAAUAAUCAAAUUUAGGAAAACUUCUAGUAUACUGUUUAAACCAAUAUAGAAUAACAGCAAAUUAAUAAUUAAGAAUUAGAAAAAUAGUUAUUAAUUACAGCAUCAAUCGCAACUCAUGAAAAAAACUAAUAAAUUGAAGAGGUAUAAAUAAAAAAAGAGAAAAAACGAAAUUCAAGUAGUUCAAGUAGUUCUUCAUCAUCUUAAGAUGAUAAAAAAGAUAAAAAACAUAAAGAAAACAAGCAUAUUGGUAUGGAAGUAGGGAAGACACUUAUUGAAGCAAAGCUAAUUGAAUAGGGUAUUAAAGCAGAAUAAUAGAAGUAAAAGGAGUAAGAAGAAAAAUAAAGAAAAAUAGAAUAAAAACAGAAAAUAGAGGAUGAAAAAAAACAGAAAGAAAUUUUGAAAGCAUAAAAAUUAGAAGAAGAAAAAUAAAGAAAAGAGGCUGAAAAAUUACAAAAAUAGGAAAAUGAAAGAUAAAAAAAAGAAGCAGAAAAAUAAAAGAAAUUAGAAGCUGAAAGAUUGAAAAAAGAAGCUGAAUUAAAAAAAAAGGAAGAUGAAAGAUUAAAAAAGGAGGCAGAAAAAUAAAAGAAAGAAGCAGAAAAAUUAAAGAAAGAAUAAGAUAAAUAAAUUAAAAAAGAAGUUUAAAAAGAAGUAAUUAAAGAUUUAAUAAUAUUGGAUGCUGCAAAAAAUAUUCAUUAAGAAAAAAAAGAAGAAGAAAUGGAUUCUAAAACAAAGCUUAAAAUGCUUAAAGAAUAAAAGAAAAUUGAAGAAGAAAAAACUAAAUAAGAAUAAUUGAAAUAAGAAAGGCUUGUUUAAGUAGAAAGUUCUUUAAUUGUUGCUGAGGCUUAACAUUAAUAAUAAAUUUAGAAGCCAAAAUAAAAGCAAAGAUCCUCUUCUUCAUCUUCAUCUUCCUCAUCUAAAAAGUCUCAUGAUAUGAAGAAAUAAGAAAAACACAAUGUGCAAAUUGAAGUAAUUAAGAGUAAUUAAGAUGAUUAAGCUAACUAGAAUGUAUUAAAAUUUGAAAUAACUUAAAAUUCAUUAAAUGAUUAAUAAAAGAAUCAAUCUACAAUUGAAUUUAAGGUGAAUUAAUAAAUACAAAGAGAACAUUAAGAAUAUUCAACCAAUUAAUAAUUAGAAAAAGAAUUCAUAAUUACUACUUAAUAGAGUAGCAAUUUAUUAUAAAAUCAAUAAUAAAAUUAGUAAUAGAAAAAUUAAAAAAUAAGAUCUAGUUCAUCUUCAUCUUCAUCUUCAUCAUCUUCUGAUAGAAAAGCUAAUUAAUUUAAACAAAUUGAAACUGUUUUUGUUGCAUCUCAAGUGCAGAAAACAAUUAAUGAAAAAAAUGAUUCCAUUAAUUUAAAUGAUAUAUAAAGAGGAAAUAUAUAGAUUCAAGUAAAUUAAUAAAAAGAAGAACCUAAAGUUUAAGGAGUGAGAGAAGUAGAAAAUUAAAACUAAUAAUAAGAAUUUAUUUAAAUAUAAAUUAAAUAACAACCUAUAUAAUAAUAAUCAUUAUAGGAACAUGAAUUUUAAGUGUAAUAUGAACAAAAACCUUAGAAUUAAGAUUUACAAAGAGCUGAAUUAUUAAUAGGAUCUGCAAUUAUUGCUAAUAAAAUAGAAGACAAGAAGAAAGAAGAAAAAAAUAAUAAAUAAGAUUAAAAUAAAUAAUUUGAAGUGUCAAUUUAAUCAGAAUAGAACGUUCUAAGAAAUAAUGAAUUUUUAGUUGAAGCUAAUCUAAAACAAGAAAGUAAAAAAUAAAAUAAAAUAUAAAAACAAAAAUCAUCAUCUUCAAGUGAUGAAGAAAAAUAAAAUUUACAAAAGAAAAAGGAAAAAAAUGCCAAGGCUGUAUUCACUGAAGCAUUAAUUCAAGAAAAAUAGAAAAAAAAUUAUAAUUAACAAUAAUAAUAACCUAUUAUUUAAGAAUAAGAUAAAGAAUAAUUAAUAAAUUCAAUCUAAAAUUAAAAAGUAGAAAUAUCUCAAAGUAUCAAUAGAUAAGAAAAUUAUGUAUUUGAAUAUGCAAAUGCUAAUACAGUGUAUAAUUAACCAGAUAAUGUAAACACUGAAUUUUAAACUCAAUAAGAAGUAAGUACCUUUUAUUAAUUUGAAAGUUAAAGAACUAAUAAUUUAUAGUAGUUUGAAGAUUAAUAACACAAAAUUACUUUGUAAAUAGAGUAAGUUUAAGAUAGUUAACGUACAGCAUCAUUUAAUGUAGAAUAUUAAGAAACAAAUUAAUAAAUAGAAAUAGAAUAUGUAGUAAAGGAAAAACAAGGAGAGUUUUAGGAAGUUAAUAAUUAAAUGAUAGAACAACAAAGUUAACAAAUUUCUUAUAUUUAAACAUCUUAAGAAACCCAAUAAAUUUAAGAAUAAUUGGAGCAUAGAGUUCAAUAAAUUGAUGAAAAUAAUUACAAUAUUUAAAGCCAGGCUGUUUAAAAUGAUCAGUCAUAUAAAAAUGAGCAACCUAUAUUAUAAAAUUAAUAACCAAAUGUUGGAAAAUGGUAAAUAAGUGUAUUAGCUGAUCUUCUAUAGGCUUUAUAAUUAAUUGUUUAAAAUGAAUAAAAUUAAAGUAGACUUCCAGGAGUACUCAAAUAAUUUAGAUAAUUGAUUUAAAGUGAAAAAGAUGCAAAGGAAUGUCAUUAAUUAGAUAUUACAAAUUAACUAUUAUUUAUUUAUUCAUAAUCAAGUUAUUAAACAUAUUAAAUAGAUAUAGAAGAAUGCUUAUUGGCAAUUUUAUAAUAUCAAUCAAUUUUGAAUGAUUAUGAAACAUUAAUUAGAUGGUCAGAUUUAUAAAUAGCAAGAGUUAGUAUAAAUUAAGUAAGAAUUUUAAUAAAAGCAAAAGAAACUAAAUUUAUGAAAAAUAGAAUGAUUAAUUAAAAAGAUAUCAUUAUUCUUGUGAAUUAUUUAGAAGAUUGUUGGGAUGAAGAAUUAGUAUCAGCAAUUUUAACAUGUUUAGAAGGUUAUUGUUACAAUUCAAAAUGUGCAUAAUUACUCUAUUAAUAUGAAGUUAUAAAUCAUAUCAAGAAAUGGGUUUAGAGAUUACAAAAAGAAUGCUAUUUGCUUAUUGGUUCAUUGUGUUUAUACAAUUUUGCAUAAAAAGACUUAAUUGAUCAAUCCAUAUAUUUGAUUAUAAAUAAAUCAAUCAAUGAUUAAAAUAUUGAAAUUAAAUAGAAUGCUUAUUAUGCUCUAUCAUGUUUAUGUUAUUAAAAUAAAGAAGUUUAAUAGUAAUUAUUAGAUUCGGAUUUAUUAUUUAUAAUUUUAAUUGAUUUAGAAUAAAAAACUGAACCUAAAUUAAUUGAAAUUACAGCAUAAUUAUUAACAAAUGUCUUAUAUAAGAUGGAAUAGCAGAAGGUAGAAUCUAGAGUUUUAAUUACUUUAUUGAUAAGAUAAUUAUAGACAUAAAAUAAUCCUAACACUUUAAAAUGGAUUCUAAGGUGUUUAUAAUCUUUGUGUCUUUUAAGAUCAAAUUCAUUAAUAUCAAUAUCCGAGUCAAUAUUUGAUAUAUUAAAAAAAAUGUAAUAAAACAAGGCAUUAUUAAGAGAUCUCUUGUAAUUGUAUUCAAUAUAUUCUGCAUAAUAACUAUUACCUUCUGAAUAAAUAACAGUGAUUAAACAAAUAAUAUCAAAUAAUAAGGAGGACUCUUUAAUCAUUGAAAGGAGCAUCACAGUAUUAAAUUUAUCAGUUAAAUAAUAUUCAAAGAAGAUUUGUACUUUAGAUAACUUAUAAAUAUUCACUUAACUAAUAGAAUAGUAUAAAUAAAAUGAGAAAGUAAUAAGUCUAAUCUUAAUUUUGAUAUAAAAUUUAGCCUGUGAUAAAGAUAAUCAUUCUACAAUAAAUAAAAGUGUUGUGUAUAAUGCCCUUGAAUUUUUCUAAGAUAAUCAAUAAAUUAAUCAUUUUUCUUAGAAAAUCAAAACAAUAAUUUCAAAUUAAUAAAUUUAGACUGAAUAGAUUUAGGUUUAGAUGAAAUAAAUAAUUCUAGAUAAUCCAGCUGAUAAAUUAGCAAGAGGAUUUCCUCUUUUAGUUUUUACUUCAACCUCUGAUACGAAAACAGGAUAUUUAAAGGUAUUACCUUCAAAUGAGUUAUUCUUUUAAGAGAAUUCUGGAGAUAUUAAAGAAAAGUUUAGAAUAAGGUAAGUAAUUGAUAUGAAUUUUAAACCAAACUCAACCUCAGGUGAAUAUAGAUUAUACCAAAGUUCUAGAUUUUUCAAUAAAGAUUUAUUUUUUACAAUAAGAGGGAAGUAUAAUAAUAAAUUUAAUACCAUAUCAGGUUAAGCUCUACUAAUCGAAUAAAAAUAAGAACUUAUAUCAAUUUUAGAAAUUUUAUAUGCCAAAGUAUCUUGA